AUGACCAGCAUCUCUCAACCGGUCAAUCCACCUCAGGCACAAAGCGCAACUCAGGCAGCCGCAUCUUCGCACUCGCCGGUUGCUUCUACGGGUGGGAAAGCCACCCAAGCCGCGGGUUCGGCUUCCAGUAAAAGUAGCUACGCCAGCGCGACGAAGACUUCUUUCAACACUCCUUCGGGUCCAAGCAAUAACGCACAAACAGGGCCAGCAUACAAUCAUGGUAAAAGCGAUGCAAACAUUUCACUGAAUAACAGACCUCCCGUUGCUGUACCUGCUGUGGGCCCUAUGGUCAAUGGGAACACUGCUACAACUUCUGGUACAGGAGAUCACGGCCGAAAGUCGUCGGUCACCAUAAACCCUGCGGGUGCUCCUGGUUAUAUGCCAAAUGGAGCUUCAAGCACCGGAAAAUCAUCCGCUAGCAACAAUAUUCAAUUUGGGGCUAUGGACUCCAGCUCUACAGCUACAAAAAACGCAUCAUCACAGCCGAUGACAUCAGGCGACUCAUUGACAGUGCACCAUUCUUCCACCAAUCCACGGACUGCAUCACCCCAGAAGUCACCAUCUCCAAUACCUCAGCCGCCUGCUAGUGGAGGUAAGCCACCUUCUGCUCUGCAUGGCCAGAGCAGCAGCGUCAAUUUCGGCAAUUUUGGCGGUUCUGAGGGAAAUCUUCGAGCCUCUAGCAUCUCACAAGGUCCUUUGAUGUCCGGGCCUCAGACCAGUCACCUACGACGGGAGUCAUCACAAUCUCAACAUAGUGAUAUGAGCGGUCAUGGUAUGGGUCCUGUGCCUAGUCGGGGAGGCUAUCCACCUCAAGGCGGGCGUGGCAGAGGAUAUUCUACUUACGGGCAGCAAGCACCGUAUUCUCCCGCACAGAGCUACAGGUCCACACCCAACCAACCGCGUAGCGGAAGCGUCACUUCCUUUCAACAACAAAAUCGCCCUUAUCAGCCUUACCCAAACUCCCCUCACCAGGCCCCACGGCAGCCGCAUAGCCCUAUGCCCCCGAAUGCUCAACCAAUUCCUGGCCAAGGCGGCCAGAUGCCGAUGCAAGCCCCACACAUGGGCCAACCUCAGUACGGUGGCUAUCCCAGCCAGCCAUAUGGAUAUAAUCCAAACAUGGCACCCCAACAAGGCUUCCCUGUGCCUUACAUGAAUCCUGUGAAUCCGGAUUUCAUGGCUCAGUGGCAACACAUGUAUGGCCAGACACCACCCAACAUGGUGGCGCCACAGUCCCCGCGACCCCCCACGCAGUACCCUCCAGGACCACAAACACCUUUUCAAGGACAAUAUGCGCCUCAACAACCUCCCACAAUGUCUCGUACUUCCUCGACUCUCUCAGGUGCUGAUCGUCCAGCAUCAAGUAUGGGAAAGUCACAGGCUAGUAUGACCCCAGCACCUCACGCCGUCACUCCCAGCCAGCAGUCAAACUCCCCAGCUCCCAAGAAUAACAGUUUCCAAAGACCGAAAAGGAGCGCGGGCAUAAUUAUUAAGGAUCCCAAUAGUGGAGAAGUCGUUAACCUCAAGCAGAGCGCCUCGCCCGCCCCUUCGAACAAGUCCUCAACUAGCAUCUCAGCAGCACCAACUCCUCCGCCCGCCCCAUCCAUAAGCGCUUCUAACAGCGAUGCUUCUCAUAGCCGUACUGAAAGUAAAAGUGUGAGCAAAACAGAAGGGAAGGAUCUGAGGGAGCAAUUAGCCCGCCAGCACCGUGAGAAAGAAGAGACUGAGGCGAAAGUCGCACAGGCUAAAAAAGACGAGGAAGCAAGGAUGCAAAAAGAGAAAGCAGACGCGGAUGCUAAACAGAUGGCGGCUGCUAAAGCUCAGAUGGAUGCUGAAGAUGCCGAGAAACAGAACAAGAUCGAGGCCGUGAAAGCUAAGGAAGCAGCUGAGGCAGCUGAGGCAGCCGCUAAAGCAACGACCUUGCCAUCAGAUGACGCACCUGGUAUCACCGACGAGGAUAUUGCCCGAUGGGAAGCUGAGGAGCAGGAGCAGCAGAGAAAAGAGCUUGAGGCAGAAGCAGCUUACAAUAAGAAAAAGCAAGCUGAAAAGGACGAAGCUGCGAGAAAAGAAGCAGAAGCUUUCAAGAUGGCCGAUGAGGAGAUGAAGAAAGCAGAGCGAGAGGCAGAGGAGGCCGAAGAAGCCCGAAUUCGCGAAAAGGAGAAAGGAUUUGAACAAGCUGAAAAGCCAGCCAGUGAUGCGGGGACUCCAACGAGAAUACCUAGCACUCCUGAGAUUGAGACACCCGGAGACAGCGGCGCUGCUACACCCUCGUCAGAUAUCCAAGCUAUGCCUCCACCAGAUCGCGCAGCUGCGAAGCAAAAACCUACUGCUCUCAAGCUCGAGACGACUAGAUCCGUUGAGCCGCCACAGCCAAGCGCGGCUUUGAUGUCCCUUAGGUCUGCUCGUAAGCUGAUCUCACUUGAUAUUGGCUAUCCACCUGAUAUGGCCUCACCAAACCCUGCCAUUAACAAAGCAGCAAAGGACGGAAAGUUUAGAUAUGACCGAGAUUUCUUGCUCCAAUUCAAAACAGCCUUUACAGACAAACCAUCAGAGAAUUGGUCCGAAAAAAUCAAAGAAACUGUUGGAGACACUGGUGAACCGCAAUCAGCUCGCGGUACGCCACGCGGUGGCGGAGGAUCGCUCUUGGGUGGGCGUCAGCCUUCCAACAGACCACCAGUCCCCCCUAUGCAGCAACAAAUGGGUAAUUUCGGUCAAUCCCGUACUUUGCCUGCUGGUACUACGUCACAACAACGUUUCGAAGCAGCAAGUCGUGGUGGGGGAAUGCAAAGACCACCGCAGCCUAUGCAAAAUCCGUUUGCAGGUACGUUCGGAAGGGGUGCCGGAUCGUUUCCACAAGCUGCAGGCGCCAUCAGAAUGGACCGUACACCGUCAUCAACCUCGCUCGCACACCCGAACUCACCACGAACUACCAGCCAACGUGGUGGCUCGCAACGUGGAAGCAGGGCUGGACGCCGUGAAGACCCCAAAGACAACAAGAAUAUGCCUCUAACGGCAGGUGCGAACCUGAAGCCCAUCGAGGUGACAUCUGGUGGCUGGAAGCCUCGUUCUGUUGGACCGAAUGCGAUGGCCUCGGGUCCAGCUCCUGGUGGCGACAUGCUUCUAGCACCAGAUGUCGUGCAGCGAAAAGUCAAAUCGAACUUGAAUAAGAUGACGCCCAACAACUUCGAUAAGAUAUCGGACCAAAUUCUAGCCAUGGCUCACCAAUCGAAAGAUGAGGACGAUGGGAGAUCGUUGAGACAAGUCAUUCAACUUACUUUCGAAAAGGCUACAGAUGAGGAACAUUGGGCUGAGAUGUAUGCCCAAUUUUGCAAACGUAUGUUAGAUUCAAUGAGCUCUGAAAUCAAGGACAAAAGCAUCACCGAUAAGAAAGGCGAUGUUGUUGUGGGUGGAUCUUUAUUCCGCAAAUAUCUCUUGACCCGUUGCCAGACUGAAUUCGAACGUGGUUGGAAAGUGCAUCUACCCGAAAAGCCUGAAGGUGCGUCACAGGAGGCGACUAUGCUCUCGGAUGAGUACUACCAGGCUGCGGCUGCUAAAAGGCGUGGGCUUGGCCUAGUUCGGUUUAUUGGAGAACUUUACAAGCUCGGAAUGCUAACGGAGCGCAUCAUGCACGAGUGCGUAAAGAAACUUGUGGACUACGAUGGUACACCAGACGAAGCAGAAAUCGAGUCCUUGACCAGCUUGCUCAGAACGAUUGGUCAACAACUCGAUGCUUCUGAGAAGGGCCACACUAUGAUGGAUGCCUACUUCUCGCGAAUCAACAACAUGAUUACGAUCAAAGAUCUCCCUAGUCGGUUGCAGUUCAUGCUCAUGGAUGUUGUUGAUUUACGCUUGAGACAUAAUUGGCGACCCCAUGGCGCUGGCGCAGUCAAAGGUCCAACUACUAUUGAGGCAGUCCGAACGCAGGCUCAGGAGCAAGAUCGGCAAAAGGAGGCCCAACGUCUUGCUGAGUCGUCGCGAAGAGGGGGCGGUGGUGGACGUCCUCCACUUGGCCGUGGAGAUGCCCGCGCUGGAUCUCAAUUUGGUCCGCCACAGCCAGACUACCAAAGGAACACGAUUGGUGUGGAAGAUUUACGACGUCUCGGCAGCAGGGGCAUUUCACGGCAAGCCAGCACCACUCCCACCUCAUUUGGGCCAACGUCGAUGUUUGCGAGUGCAAGAGGCUCCAAUACACGACGGCCUCUGCCUACUGCAAAUGCAAAUGACUCUGGCGCUUCAAGCCGAGUCAGCACCCCACCCGCGCAGAAAGACAAGAAGGAAAAAGAAGAGAACGCGAAAUCCGGUGCCAAUACUUUCAGUCUCCUUGCCACGGAAGACGUUCCAGGCGACGCAACAUCUCCUGGACCCUCUCCGGCGCCUGCAAAGGCACAGCUAGCUACCCUUGAUACAGCAAAAGGAAAGUCAACAGAUGGCGGAUCAUCAACUCAGAAAUCAUGA